AUGCACUGCCUGUUGGACGUGAAUGCUUUAAAAUUGGAAAAACCCCUUGCUGAAGGAUGUUUUGGAAGUUCCGUAGCGCUGGUGAGCCACCGGGAUGAGCUGUUUGUGAUAAAAAGCAUCCCUUACGAUAGCCCAGAUUACGCAUAUCAAGCGGUGCUCAAAGAGCACACGAUUCUAUCGCAAAUCUAUCAUCCACGCAUUAUACAAUACUUCGGCUACUACCAAACGGUAUCCAGCUGGAACAUCGUGCUAGAGUACGCGGAGCGAGGAAAUUUGGGCACUUUUCUUGAACGGCGAGCCACGGGAGGAGACUUCCUUAAUCAACACCUGAUUCUGGCCAAGUUUGCUGAUAUUGCUGAUGGACUGGUAUAUCUACACCAGCGCAACGUUAUCCACCGUGAUCUGAAGCCGGAAAACGUGCUCAUUUGCGCAGACAAUCGUCUAAAGCUGGCCGAUUUUGGUAUCUCCAAGAUUAUGCACGACGAAGACCUCAAUCGGACUAUAGUUGGAACGCCACUAUACAUGGCGCCGGAAGUAGCGAAGGGAAGAGACUAUGACUACAAAAGCGAUGUGUGGGCUUUAGGCAUCAUUUUCUAUGAACUUUGCAUGCUAGAGCAUCCAUUUUUGGAACGAAUGACAAAGGGUGGUAGCAAGGGACGUUUUCGCGUGCCACAAAUCGACUGCACACGCCAUGGAUACUCGAAGGAACUGCAGACACUCUGUGAUAUGAUGAUUCAGAUCGACGUACGGAAGCGAUGGACCCUAGAACAUAUACUGCAACUUCGCAUCGUUGAGCAUUUGCUGCAUCGUACAGGCUGA